AGGUUUUAAAGAUUUAAAAAAAGACAAAUUUCUGGGGAACUUGAAAAUGUCAGUUGAUCCCUUAUUUGGAGGAGAUCUAGUCAAGACACCAGCGGCUUUAGGAAAUUUUAUACCUGUUCCUCAGGUAAAGAAUGUACCAGCUUUUUUGAAUAAAUUAUAUAAUAUGGUUUCAGAUUCAGCAUCGGAUUCUCUUAUAAAAUGGUCAGACUCCGGGGAGUCAUUUUUAGUUCUUCGUCCGGAACAUGUAGCAAAACAUAUUCUUCCUCGGUUUUUUAAACAUCAUAAUUUUUCUAGUUUUGUUCGUCAACUUAACAUGUAUGGAUUUCAUAAAGUUCCUCACCCUCAACAUGGGGUUCUUGAGUCCGACUCACCAAAUGAAGUUUUAGAAUUUUCUAAUCCUAAUUUUCUUCGGGAUCAGCCGGAUCUUCUUUGUCUAGUAACAAGGAAAAAGGGACCCCACACUGGAGAAGAUGGUUCCUCUUUGGAUUAUUCUGCUAUUAUAUCUGAAAUUCAAUCUAUUAAAAAGCAUCAAUUAACUAUUUCUUCUGAUUUAAAACGUAUUCAAAUGGAUAAUCAAGCACUUUGGCAAGAAGCAUUAAAUUCAAGAGAGAAAUGUCGUCAUCUUCAGGAAACUAUUGAUAAAAUUUUGAAAUUUCUUGUUUCUAUGUUUUCUCCUGAAAAAAGGAAUUUAAUUCAAAAAAAAAGGCGUUUGUUAUUAGAGGAAAAAUCAGUUUCUUCACAGGAUGAAAAUUUUCAUGAUAAUUAUUCUGUAUCAACUGUGGGAAAUCAUUUUUCUCCGCAAGAACUACUGCCUAAUGAUGAUGUUUUCUUGUCUUGUCUUAUAGAACAGGGUAUUAUACAGAAUGAUGAGAAUAGGUUUACUUUGCCUUAUUUAAAUACAACACCAUUAUUGACUUCGCCACUUAUUUGUUCACAUGAAAAUUUAUCUAUUGAGCAACCGUAUUCGAAUAAUAUUCUUGAAAUUAAAGCAAAUGAAAAUUCUGAUAAAAAUAUAAAUUCUCAAGUAAUUUCUCAGGAUCAAAAUCUACAAUCAUUAGUGAAUUUGUUGAGAAUGGAUAUUAAUCAAAUUAAUCCUGAACUCCCUGCUGAGAAUAAUGUAGAAAUUCCAAAAAGUAUUAGUAAUGGAAAUUAUGCGUUAGAAUCAAAUAAUUCGACUGAAUAUUUCCCUAAUGAGUAUGAUUAUGAAAACGUUGAUAUUGAUGAGCUUUUAAAUCAAUAUGGAAGCGAGCAAUCUUUUGAUGAAAAUAAUUCUAUUCUUUCUAAUUCAUCUGUAAGGAAAGAUUCUAAUACAGUGAUAUCUCAAGAAGUUAAUGGAACUAAUGGGGAUAUAAAUAUAAAUAAAAAUUUUUUGAUAUCUGGUUCUAAAAGAAAACGUAGCUAUUGAUUUUUCAAAUAAAUAUUAAGGAUUUUAUUUAAGUUGGGAUUGCA